AUGCCACCAAAGAAGACCAAGAAGACCGCUGGCGCUGCCAAAAAGGGCAAGAAAGUCACGGGCACAGUGGUGAACACAGAGCUAAAGGUGCAGGAAGGUGUUCAUGUGAAAGAAGCCGCUGUAAAGAAGGCCGUUUCCGAGCUGAUCAAAUGGAAGGACUCGCAGAAGCCCGAGAAGCCGCAGCUCUUCGACGACGACGACGCCAGUCUGUACAUGCAGCUGACGAGUGUCAAGUUCUUCAGCAAAAAGCAGGUGCUCAAGCCCACGACUGUGGCUGUUCCGCACCCUGUGCACGACCUGGAGAACGAGUUCAAGGUGUGUGUUUUCGUCAAGGACGGCCAGAUCGACGCUGAAACGCUGGAAAAAAUCGAGCAGGAGAACAUUCCGCAUCUCGCCAAGAUCGUCUCUGCUUCUGAGCUCAAGGGAGCUUACAAGAGCUACGAGGCCAGAAGAAAGCUGCAGAAAGAGUACGACCUGUUUUUGAGUGACGAGAGCCUGAUCACUGCGCUGCCGAAGCUGCUGGGCAAGAUCUUCUACUCGACCUCGAAACUUCCGCUACCAAUCAGACUCAAAACCAAGGAAAACGUGUUUUCGGUGACCACGCUGGCCAACCAGGUGUCGAAAAUGGUCAACUCUGUCCAUUACGUUGCUCCGAUGGGGGUGAAUCUGACCCUCAACCUGGGCAGUGUCCGCCAGCCGCUAGACAACAUCGUGGAUAACGUCCAGGCUCUCACACAGCAUUUUGAGAAACAGCCACUGAAGACCAUACAAUUGAAGCUGCUGGAGUCGCCUGGACUGCCGAUUUACAUUGCUGAGCAGAUUUUCAGCGAGCAGGACGUUGGCGAGGACGAGAAGCCUGCCAAGGACGAGACUCCCGAGGUGAGGCUGACCAAGUUCGAGAAGGGGCUGGUGGAGCUGGCUCUGGACGAGGACCAGGCGCGUUCGAUAGUGGGGCGUAAGGAGAAGAAGGUGAGCAAGCUGAAGCGGGGGAAAGAGAACCAAGACGGAGGGGUUUCCAAGAGAAGAAAAUAG